ACGUCUUAUGUCAAAACUUUUUCACGUCGUUGUGAUUGUUGUAUACAUUGUUUAUGACCUAUUGAGUUCACAGAAUUGAAAAAUGACCGAUUUUAAAAUAUAUAUGUAGAUAUCUAAGUUUUAUAUAUAAAAAACUAAUUCCAAAAUAAUGUUUAAAUUAACUAGAAUAUCGAUUCCUGUCCUAAAAGGAGUUAGAACAAAAACAGAUAAGGCUGUUCUCGAUGAAAUAAUACGAGUAGAUCAUGCCGGAGAAUUAGGAGCAGAUCGAAUAUAUGCUGGUCAGAUGUUCAUUUUGGGUUCCACUUCUAAAGCACCUCUGAUAAGACAUAUGUGGGAACAAGAAAAACACCAUAAAGCUACAUUUGAAGAACUUAUUAACAAGUAUCGGGUUAGACCAACUGUAAUGACACCUAUUUGGAACAUAGCUGGAUUUGCUUUAGGUGCAGGGUCUGCCUUACUUGGAGACAAAGCAGCUAUGGCUUGCACUGUUGCAGUUGAGACAGUUAUUGUAGAACAUUAUAAUGACCAAUUAAGAACACUCUUAGAAGACCCCGAGUCUAAUAAAGAGUUACUGGAAACUAUAACUAAAUUUAGAGAUGAAGAACAGGAACAUCAUGACCACGGUAUUGAUCAAGGAGCUGAGCAAACUCCAUUUUAUGAAGUAUUUUCUGAUGUAAUAAAAACAGGAUGCAGACUUGCAAUAGCCAUCUCAAAAGUUGUUUAGGAUGAAUCACAUGUACGAGUGAUUUCUGAAAGACAUUUGUUAAAUUUGGAUAAGAGUGUUGCUCUAAAAUUCGUGUAUAUAAAAUGUAGUAUGGAGUGUCAAAAACCUCGAUGUGGACUCCCAAAUUUGUGUUAGCUCAAUAAAUAUAAAAACAUCAAAGAA